UGCUAUACACACGACGCUAAUAGACGAUUUGUGGACGACGCUGGAGAUCACACCAUACGUCGCACGGCAGCAGCACCGGUGCACCGUUGGAUAUGUCGUUCGGCUGUAUGUCGUCUGUGCAGUAUCGGCUGCACAGCAGUUUCGAUAAAUCAAACCCAUCUAACCAUCUCCAGUCCAUCAAUCUCCUUCCUCCAACCAACACAACACCCGAUCAACUGGCAGAGCCAGAGCCGAUCGACAGGGGUUCGAGAGCGUACAGAGGGGCCCAUCGAUCGAGCGCCAAGAAUGGCGGUGUCAGGGAGCGCUCAGAGCCGACGGUUCGCCGCAGCGUGCGGCGUUCUCAGCCGCUGCAUCAAGGCGACGGACGCGCGGCCGGCCGCCACGGUGGUCCUCCCCCUCAUGCCCGGAGCCGAAGUGCCCGCGCAAGACGAGCACGCGGUGGGUCCUGCGCCGGCGAGCGCGCAGAUGACCAUCUUCUACGGCGGGCAGGUGCUGGUGCUCGACGAGGUCCCGGACGACAGGGCGGCCGAGCUGCUCCGUGUCGCUGCCGCAGCAGGCACCACGCGAGGGGACGGCGACCUGCCCAUGGCGAGGAAGGCGUCGCUGCAGCGGUUCAUGGAGAAGCGCAAAGGAAGGCUCGCCGCUCGCGCCGUCCCCUACAGCCGGCCCGACGGCGACGCGUCCUGCUACCAUCUCACGCUGACGCUCUGAUCCGCAUUCAUGCAUAGAACUAGAAGAGUAGCCUGUGUCCGUCGCUGUGAAAUUUAUAAAUUAUUGUUGUUGUUCUGAUGAACUGAUGAUGGCGAAUUAUAGUACAUGUA